UCAUGGAAAGCCCGGCUAGAAGGAUAUGAAGAGGCAAUCAAACUUUUCGUUACCCAGACUUCUGAUAAAAGCCCGAUUUUCAAUGAAUAUCUCGGUCUUAUUAAGAAAGCAGUGGUCGAUUCCAAUGCUGUUGCCCAAGACAAGUCCCUCGAUAUGGUGCUUACCUACCUCACAAAUGCUGCUUGUGCACCCAAGCUUUUUGGGGCCAAAGUAAUUCCAAUAAAAAAUUUUAUCAAAUCCCUGCUUAAACUUCUUGAUGAUCGUGACCCUUCCAUUCGAAACGAAGUGAAAUGCCUUAUAAUUGAAAUAUAUCGAUGGAUAGGAUCUGCAAUCAAACCUCAGCUUUCAAUCCUUAGACCGGUUGUGCUAAAUGAGCUGGAAGCAGAGUUUACCGCUAUAUCUCUCUCCAAGCCAGUUCCUGAACGUUAUCUGAAGAGUCAACGACCCAAGGAUAUUCCCCAAGCUGCAGAUGUAGGUUGCAGUGGGCCAUUUACCAACGAAACCUCGAACGCAAAUAACAUGGAUACCGGGGAAGUUAUGGCUUUUGAUCCUUAUGAAAUGGCUGAUCCCGUCGAUAUGCUUUCCAAGAUUCCUUCUGAUUUCUACGAGAAGCUCAAUGAGAAGAAGUGGCAAGAUAGACGUGAUGCUAUGGAAUGUAUUGAGAAACUUACCAAUGUCGUUCGACUUGCCCAAGGAGAUUACAGUGAUCUCAUUAAAGCCCUUCUUAAGGUUAUUUCGAAGGAUACUAACGUGAUGCUUGUCGCACUGGCUGCAAAAAUAGUCUGUCAUAUAGCUCGGGGUCUCAGAAAGAAAUUUUCUCCUUAUGCUGCCCAUACCAUACACGUGUGUCUAGAUAAAUUUAAAGAAAAGAAAUCGAACGUUGUACUUUCACUGAGGGAAGCUGUUGAUAUAUCUGUCAAAGUGUGUUGUGAUAUUCUUUAUCUAACUUAUGAUUAA